AUGAGCACACUUAGAGCACUAUUAUUAGGAGUCUAUGGUUAUUGGAAUUAUACAAAAGCUGGAUUCGAGAGAAGACUCGGAAGCACCAUAUCAGAUGAAUCUGUAAAGAAUGUUGGAACAAUGACAAACAAAGUAUGCAUUGUUACUGGAGCAAAUUCUGGUUUAGGUUAUCAGACAUCUAUUGAUUUGGCCAAAAGAGGUUGUACAUUGCAUUUACUUUGUAGAAAUGAAGAAAGAGGAAAGGAGGCAGUUCAAAAUAUCAUCAAGGAAUCGAAUAAUGAACAAGUUUAUUUACACAUUGUGGAUAUGUCCUCUGUGAAGAGCAUUAAACAAUUCUUGGAUAGUCAAAUUGGCAAUACAAUUCCUAAACUCAAUAUUCUAGUUAAUAAUGCUGGAGCUAUUGUGGAAAGGAUUGAUCCAGUGACUAAAACUGCUCAAGUUACCUUGAAUGAGAAUGGAUAUGAAAACAAUUUCCUUGUAAAUACUAUUGGACCAUAUUACUUGACUAGAGAAUUAAUUAAUUUCAUGGAAGAGUCUGCCAAGAAAGACAAGGAUGCAAGUAGAGUUAUUUUUGUAUCAUCUGGUGGAAUGCUUACUUCUAGAUUGGAUUUGAAUAAUUUACAAAAUCAAGGAUUUACUGGAGCUUCUGCUUAUGCACAUUGCAAACGUCAAUCAUGUUGCAUUACAGAAGAAUGGGCCAAAUUACAUGACAAAUCUCUAAUAACAUUCAAUUCAUGCCACCCUGGUUGGGUCGAUACUCCAGGUUUAUCAAUAUCUCUUCCAACUUUCUAUGAGAAAUUGAAAGGAAAUUUGAGAACAUUGGAGCAAGGAGCUGAUUGUCAACUCUAUUUGGCUGUCAGUGAUGAAGUGAAGGAAUCUACAGGUCUCUUUUUCGAAGAUCGUAAACCUGUCACUCCUCAUUUCACUCUCGCCUUUACUCAAGAAUCAGAACAAGAACGUAAAGAACUCAUCAAGAAGUGUGACUCCAUUAUCCAAGACUUGAUGCUCAAAUAA